AUGGAGUACUCAGUGGACCUCGAUCUAAUUCGUCGUGUACUUCUUAAGAUGGUCGAUAAACACUGGUCGCGUUUUUGCAAAUCACAAGAACAGGAGGAAGCUGACAAGGCUGCUUUUUAUGGUUGUAUUGUGCUUGGACUUUGUCCUAAAGGAAUCCUACUGCACUUUGAAAUAUUGCAUAACCUUGGAGUUAUUCUUUAUCAACAAUACACACAAUGGGGAAGAAUAGAGGACCUCAACAGGACCAUUGAGUUGCAUCGUGCUGCCCUGGAGCUGUGCCCCAAGAGUCAUUCUGACCACUCAACCUUUCUAAACAAUCUUGCAGAUACCCUUCACAUUCGGUCAGAACGGUGCCAGCGAAUCUCGGAUCUUGACGAGGCUGUCGAUCAUUAUCGCACUGCCCUAACACUUCGCCUCAAUGGGCAUUCCAAUCUUUCUACGUCUCUGGGUAAAGUUGCAGCUUCCCUUCAAACCCGAUUUGAACAGUCUGGACAGAGUUCAUCUCCUGACGAAGCCAUUGGGCUUCACUGUUCUGCGCUAGACCUAUGGUGCAAUCCCGAACAUCUGCAUCAGGCUGCAUUAUGCCUUCAAGCUCGAUUUAAAGAGCGCGGGGAGGAUUUGGAUCUUGAAGAUGCCAUUUUGCUUCACCGUUCUGCCCUGAAACUUUUGCCCAACAACCAUCGUGAUCGUGACGUGCAUCUGGGAAACCUUGCAUUUUCUCUUCGAAUCCGAUUUCAACAGUAUGGGCAGAUUGUGGACCUUAACGAGGCUGUCAAGCACUACCAUGCUAUCCUGGAACUUCGGCCUGAAGGCCAUCCUGGUCGUUCCGUCCCUCUGGUUAACUUGGGAUGUUGCCUUCGAUUACGAUUUCUACAGCAUGAACAGACUGAAGACAUUAACAAUUCGAUCGACCAUUAUCGUGCUGCCUUACAACUUCUCCCUGACAACCGUCCUAAUGAUCCUAAUUAUUAUGGAUUCCUGAAUGAUCUGGCAAAUUCGCUUCAAACUCGUUUUGAGCGGACUGGACAGAUUGCAGACCUCAAUGAGGCUAUUGAGAAUCGUCACGCUGCCCUAGGACAUUGUCCCAACGACCAUCCCAGACGUCUUGUGUUGCUGACUAACCUUGCAGCAUCGCUUAACAUGCGAUUUGGACGGCAUAAGCAGACAACAGAUCUUGAUGAAGCCAUCAAACUUCUUCGUACUGUCCUAGAACAUUACCCAAAUGGGCAUCUCUAUCGUUCCGUAGCUCUGGUCCACCUUGCAGCUUCCCUUAAUGCUCGCUUUGAGCAGUGUGGACAGGCCAUGGACCUCGACGAAGCUAUUGAAAUUCGCCGCUCUGCCCUGAGACAUCAUCCCAUUGGUCAUCCUAGUCGUUCUUCGUCUCUGUCCAAUCUUGCAUCGUCCUUGAGGACUCGAUUUGAACAGUUUGGAGUGGCUGCAGAUCUUAACGAAGCCAUCGAGUAUCAUCGCGCUGCCCUAGAUCAGUGCCCCAAUAUCCAUCCUGAUCGUUCUAUGCGGCUCAAUAACCUUGCGGUUUCACUUAAAACUCGAUUUGAACAAUAUGGACAGGCUGCAGAUCUUGAUGAGGCCGUCGAGCAUCUUCGUACUGCUCUAGAACUAUGUCCAGGCGACCAUCCCGAACGUUAUGCGGCUCUGAGUAACCUUGAUAACUCCCUUCAAUUACAGUUCAGACAAUAUGGGCGGACCGCAAGCCUUGAUGAGGCCAUCGCGCAUCAUCGUACUGCCUUAGAACGUCUUCCAGACAGCCAUCCCAAUCGUUCCACGGCUCUGAAUAACCUUGCGACUUCUCUUUGUACCCGAUUUGAGCGUAAAUAUGAGCAGCCUAAUCAGGUUCAGGAUCUCAAUGACUCCAUCAAACUUUAUCGCUCCGCACUGGAACAUCGUCCCUUCGGCCAUCCCGGCCGUUCCCAUUCUCUGAGUAACCUUGCAGGUGCUCUCCAAACUCGAUUUAUUUAUCGGCAGACUUUGGGUACAAUGUUUGCCGAUCACCUUGCUGCCAUGGGGCUUUGGUCCAGCGCCCAUCCAGAGUCUCCCUCAAUCCCGAAUGUCCUCUCAGGUUCCCUUCAUACUCAAUCUAAACAGUAUGGACAAACUACAGACAUUGAUGAGGCAAUCGAGCUUCACUAUUCUGCCCUUGAACUUCGCCCGGUUGGCCAUCCUGAUCGUUCCUCGGCUCUGAACAAUCUCGCAGGUUCUCUUAAAUAUAGAUUUGAACACUCGGGAGAGACAACGGACAUCAACAAGGCCGUUGAGCAUUACCAUGCUGCCUUGGAACUCUAUCCUGCAGGCCAUCCUGGUUGUUCCAAAUGGCUGGUGAACUUAGCUCGUUCAUUGCUUUCUCGAUUUGAGAAGCUUGGGCUCAUGGAUGAUAUCGAAGAGUGUAUACAAUCGCUUGAAUGUGCCACUCUACAUGAGUUUUCGAGCUUGGUAAACCGUCUUGAGGCAGCUUGCCUAUGGGCUAACGUUGCGCGAAGCCAUUCCCACCAUACCACAUCCAGAGCCUACCAGAAGGCAAUGCUACUGCUGCAGCGUGCCCUCGUAGUUAGUCCUACUCUUCAUGCACAGCAUGACUUCCUUGACCAGAAACACAGGUACGGAUCGUUUGCAUUAGAUAUAGUAGCCCAUGCUGUAGAGGGGAAUAGGCUUGAAGAGGCCAUAGAGCUACUUGAGCAAGGCCGGGGUUUACUCUGGUCACAGAUGCGGAGUUUCAGGACACCUCUAGAUCGCCUUGCAGAAACAAACAGAGAACUCGCCGAGAGGUUCAGAGAUAUCAUUCGACAGUUGGAGAAUCUCACAACAUCGUCUUCCGUGCCGCAGUCGAUUUCAAGCUCUGUCGAAAGCGGGUCGUCUAUACUGACGAUGGCCAGGGAACAGAAAUUGUUCGAGGAGAAAAUAAAGCUGAAGGAGCGACUCUCUAAUGAACAGGAAGAGAUUACCAGGGAAAUACGACGAAUUCCUGGAUUCGAAAACUUUCUCGAAGCCACACCUUUCAAAGAACUUCAGCGAGCGGCGUCGGAGGGUCCGGUGAUUGUGGUUAAUCACAGCCAAUAUCGAUCCGAUGCGCUCAUUAUUCUACCCCAUGGAGAUCGUCCAGUUGUCUGUGUCCCACUAGAUGGAGAGUUUUAUAAGGAUAUCAUUAUGCUGUACUCCGGACUCGUGGCAGGACGCACAGGAUUUGGAGUUGGCUCACAAGAAUACGACAGAAUACUCUGCCAAACGAUGAAAACACUGUGGGAUAGGGUUGUUAUCAAAGUCGUCGACAAACUUAAGGAGCUCGGAAUCGUCGAAGGAUCGCGCAUUUGGUGGUGUCCAACAUCCGUGCUGUCUGCACUUCCCUUCCACGCUGCAGGUCCGUUUGAGGAUACAGAAGGAACUACGAUGUAUCUGUUGGACAAGUACAUCUCGUCAUAUACUCCGACGCUCGGGGCACUCAUUGAUGCUCAGUUGUCACGUGGAAAGGGAGGAGCACCAACUACUCUUGUUAUUGGAGAUACUUCACUGCCGUCAGCUAAGGAGGAAAUUCGCAGGAUCAAGAAUUGUGGCGUAAAGACUAAACUACUCAGCAGUGGAGCAUCGCACAACGCAGUGGUUGAAGCUCUUCGGAAAACGACAUGGGUGCACUUCGCUUGCCACGGAGGCUUGGAUCCAAAGCCAUUCGAUUCGGCAUUCAAGGUGUCCGACCGCGGGCUGACUUUACUAGAUAUUGUCCAAGCGAAUAUUCCGAACGCAGAGUUCGCAUUCCUCUCUGCUUGUCAUACUGCCGAACAGCACUAUAGCAGUAUACAUGAUGAAGUACUUCACCUGGCAGCGGCAAUACAGUUCUCUGGAUUUCGGAGCGUGAUUGGGUCGAUGUGGGAGCUGCUUGAUGAGGAUGGGCCAUUUUUCGCCAGGACCGUUUAUGAGUACAUGUGUAACUGCGACGAGGACCAGGAGAAGUACAAGCAGGCGGCUGCUGGACUUCGUGAAGCAGCUAUAAAGUUAAAAGCACGAGAUGGUAUUCGGACUGAGAGAUGGGUCAAUUUGGUCCACACAGGUGCUUGA